AUGGGUUGGUUCUCUGACGACUCCGAGCAGUACAACUCGUACGACCAGUACAACAACGGCGGCGUCACCCGUGAGCACGAGGCGUCCUUCGCCCAUGAGCUGAUCGCCGGCGCCGCCUCCUACGAGGCCGCCAAGGCCUACGAGGAGCACUGCGAGCGCAACGGCCAGCCCGAGAGCCACGAUAAGGCCAAGGAGAUCAUGGCCGGCUUCGCUGGUGCCUUCAUCGACCGCGAGGUUGAGACCCGGGGCCUGGACUUCAUCGACAGCGAGAAGGCCAAGUACCGCGCCCGCGAGCACAUCGAUGAAGUCGAUGCCGAGCAGGUUGGCUACUAA